GAGUUUUAAGCAGAUAGUCAAAGAUGGGGUCGCGUUUUGCUCGUAUGUUCAGAAACUUCAACCUAGAGAACCGAGUGAUCCGAGAAAUCUCCAAAGAGAAGCCGCGGGCGGCCCCGCGACACGAGUCCGUCGCGCCGCCGUCUGAAGUGGUGGACACGGUGGACACAUUGAACCAGAAGAACGACCCUCUGCUGAGCCUCCUCAGGUCUGUGUAUGUGGAGUCCACGGAUCCAGCAGCAGAGGCGUCAAAGGAGGUCACAGAAGGUAAAGAGGGAGAGCGCCGGCCGCUCAGGUUCAGUUUACCAGGGGAGGCGUACGGCCUGGUGGAGCUCACAGACGUUCCUAGAGGAAAGCUGACCAUCGCUGAGGCUCUGAAGGCCCUGAGCAGCCACCAGCAACACCCUCAGACGUGGACGCUGGAAAAGGUCGCCCAAGAAUAUUCACUUGACCUGAAAGACACAAAGGCUCUUGUUGAGUUCUUCAUCCCCUUCCAGGUCAAGAUCAUACCACCCAAGAGUGACGAUGCCAGACAGAUAAAUGCCUCUUAGGACUGGACUGAUGAUGAUCAGUAGAUAAGAUCAAAUGUCAAACGGAUUUAUUCAUGUAUGUCGGUGUAUUGGUAUUGGGAGAGUCACCUGAACUGGAGCGGAUCAGCCACAGUAUCUCAAGCUCGGUUUUAGACACAAAUGUCGAUGAAAGAAACUAUGAAAAAUAAUAAAUAUUAAUAAAUACAGUGGGUCUAAGAACUCACUAUAUAUUGAAAAAUGAUUUCAUCUUAAUUAUAGAUAUGUUUCUUAGAGUCCAUGGGGAGAUUUUGGAAAGCUGGUGAAAAUGCAACACAAGUUAUACUCGGGAGGUCUAGAAAGUGGUUAAGAAAUCCCAAUUCAAUGGAAUGUAACGUUUUUUAGAAAUACACUUAUUAGCGUUCCCUCCAGUUGUGAGACGAAAGAUUGGUAUUUAUCUUAUGUUUGUGUGUUUUGUGCACAGCUGGAGGUAGUUAGUCAAGCUAACAACUAGCCUAGCUCCAUCUAAAGAAACAUAACUACUGAUGCCUCAUAAACUCAGAAAUACUUGGCCUGUAGCUAGAGUCACUUCACAGAGUUGCUGUAGAUUUGUGAUCUUCACUGUCCCCCAGAUUCAAGUCAUUAUGCUAAGCUAUUGGCUAAAUAAAUUCAGACAUGGGCGCAGUAUGGA